AUGGAGGGUCCAGAAGCAGCACGGAGGCCCUCAGGACAGUGUGCUGAAGGGAGAGGGGUGAGGAGACGGGAGGGGAGAGGGGAAGUGCACAAGAGCUCAUCAGCGCUGGAUCUAAGUGCGGAUCGGCCUCAGCGGGGGGGGGGGGACGCCAUCGCCACGGUGAUGCCGCUGAGAUGGGCCAUGCUUUCGUUUAAGCUAGCCUGCAUGAUACCGACCACCGAUGGUUAA